AUGUCGGAAAAAUCAAGGCUAUCUGCAAUAGUUCGUUACUUUAGAACGCUGAAGAAGAUGGCCAUCCCUAACAGGAAUACGAAACAAACUGUGAUUCUCGACCGCGAAAUUGUGGAUAAAAUACUUCGGCCAAUCCACGUUCUGACAGCUUUUAUCGGACACAAGAGCAGACAUCAUCCGAUCCUCGGCACGUUGGGGCUGAUACUUUGGGUCGUGAAUUUAGUCUGCCACUUUUCGCUUGACUUUUACGAAGCUGCUCAUAUUUUUGGUUGGGCGUGGGCUACAGCAAUAGGGUUGUUCUUCAUUUCGUUCAGUUCGGGAACAUACUUUUUAGUCCGAGAUACACUUCCAUGGCUGGAAGAUGGACUGGAGAUUUUGAACGUGGAUGGAAAUUUUUCCGAGACGUUGGAAAAGGCGCGUGGCAUCGCGGCAGUAAGUAAAUUAUAUUUUUCCAACACUUACUAAUUUAUUUUCUAUUCAGCCAUGUCUUAAACAUCCCAUCAAAUGUUAUGUUUUUUUCUCUGACGCGCUUCAAGUACGGUUUCAAAAAAAUUACAUUUAGAAAUGCAAAAUGACUGACACCACUUGACUUUUUAAUGACUCUGUCAUCGGCUAGUUUACAUUUUUUUCAUGAGAGGCUUUUAGCCUACUUUGCGCUUUUUUUUUUACGGAAUUUCGUGAAGCGCGCUAUUCAAACGCCAAAACCUGCCUUUUAAUUCAAUGGAAGCAUGGUAAUAUUUGCCGAGAUGAAAACUCGUUAUCCGUAACUUAGCCAUUUUGCUUUCCACAAAUUUGACCGUCAUAAAUUUACUUGAUUUGUUCUUGUUACUAAACGUAGGUUAUUAAAGAUAUUGAUUGGUAUUAUUCGUAAUAAAUUCUAUUAUAAUAAAAAAGCUCUGAAAUGCUUUGAAACCCUUUGAAAGCUUUUGAAGAGGCUGAAUCAUUUCAUCUGUCAAUGGCCAUCGCUCGCCAUCAGCUAUUCUACUAUGGAGUUUGUUCUCAAUAAAAUUGUACUAGGCAGCUGUCAGAUAGAGAAUUAUCUAUUUUCUUCACAAAAAGUCCUCUUCAAACAACUCUCAUUUCAAUAACAAUAAGAUAAGUCAGUGAAUUCCCGAUAUUUCCGUCAAAUUAUAUCACAAUUGAGAAUAUCUUUAUUGAGUUUUGUGGCGAAGAAUAUCAAAACCUUUGGGUGAGUAAACCCAGGAACAAGGUGAAACAUUUAAAUUCUUUAGCUGAAUAUUCAUAGUUGCAAAAACCCUCGCAACAAUAGAUGCUAACACUAUUGCUUUUAUUAACGUCAUGUGUCUCUAAAGUCGGUGCAAUGAAAAAUAAACAUUUCAAAAUCUUGUAAAUUGAAACUCCACUAGGUCUGCGCUUGAAACAUCGUGUAUCAUUUGGCCCGAUGACAAAACAGCAUUACAAAAAAGAGAAAAUCAUAAAUUGGAUCUUGCCAUCUAAAUACGAUCUCCAAACAAACGGUUUUUGCUAAGCGUGCAUUCGUCAUCAAAAUUUAUGAGCAUCAAGAAGUAAAGAGAAUAUUUACACAAUCUUGAUUUUGAACGUCUGAAGCAGCUUGCUUUGAAUAACCCUUCUCAAUACUUUAAAUAAAUAACUGCCUCUUCAGAGCAGCUCUAUUUGCCCGCUCUGUAUUUCGCCAAAACAAAGCACUUCUCCAAUGCACGAAAUGAAUUGUUAUUACCGUGAAAAAUGAUAUAUUGAAGCCCGGUACAAAAAUUAAAAAAAAGGGAUUUUUUUUUCUGAGUAAGUCUACCAGAGUAUCAGAAAUAUUUAUUCUCAAAAAUUUCACUAUGAGCCGCUGAAUUUUAAGAAAGAUUGAAAUAAAUCAUGGACCGACUUAAAGCACUCAUAUAAAUUCAGAGAGAUUGUUAUGUAUUGUAUUAGAAACAUGUCAGCGUGAAUCUUUUCAAUAAUGUUGUAUAUUCAAUCAGCAAGUUUGUAUAAUUUCCUUAAAACGGCCACUGAUGGCUAUCUCGAAUCUAACCCAACUGAGAAUUUCAAGAAACCCACGUAGGGAUUACAUUUUAUUCUUUAAAUCUUUUUUUUAAACUUUGAUUCUAUUAUCAAGAUUUCUAAACAUGUAGAAAAUAUGACCCUCUUCUUAAACAAAAUUUGAAACUUGCACUUCAGUUUUUAUUUCGGGGUAAAUUUUUUUCAACUGAUUUUCAAUAUUUUCAACCCAUCUUAAUGAGGAGAUUCUUUCCAGAUGAGAAAACCUUCCAGAAAUCACUUGCAUUUCUAUUGCUCGAUGCCAAGGACACAGCAGUUAUGCACCUUCAUUCUGAAUUUUUUAUUCAACAUUUAUUUAAUAUUUCUCCAGAAAAAUCUUUCGUUGCAAUUGAGAAAAUGCUAACGGGUUUGAUAACGUUUUAGUAAUCAACAGUUCUCUUCAGUAGCACUUGUAUCUAUUAUUUAAAUAAAACCUCAUCAACUUAUCAGGGAAACAGACUAUAACGUUGUCUAAAGGUCUUUUGGGAAAACUAGUUUUUGGCUACAAUCUGUGCAUUUGCAAAUGACGACAAGGAAAAAUAGUUAUGGGUUUUUUGUGCCAAAGUGUGCACAGAUCAUUCUCCUUGGAUUACAUAGCUUUCAAAGUUGUAAUUAUUACCAUUCCCACCUCUACGGAAAUUAAAAACACAUUCACUCUAUAUCCGAAAAACAAUAACGAUAUCCUAGGCGUUUCUGAGUAAUGCAUUCAUAUUUGUUUGCAAAUAAUAAUAAAAGAUAGUUCUAGGUUCGCAUCUACUUCUUGCGUCAUAACUUUCAACUUGUUCAGGUAUUGUCUUUUGCUGUAAAAUGAUUUAUCCUGUAAAAAAAGAUAACAAUUUUUCUUUGGAAGAUGUGGAUGAAACAUUGAAUUUCAGAUAAGGAUACCAGAAGACUUAUUUAGCUAAACUUUCAUCGGUUUUGAAUCAGAUGAAAUUUCAAUCCGUUCUAUUCCUCUCAGGGCUAAAGCGAAAAGAAUAACAAAACUUGAACAUAGCCAUUUAAUUAAGCAUUAUUAUUUGAUUCACCCAAAUCUGUUAAUUACUGACAGGAUCAAAGGAAUUUUAUGGCAAACGUGACAGCCGAGCAGCGUUUUAUUGCGUUUUACUUAGUAGUAAUAGCGCCAAAUAUUACCCUUUGGGUGUUAAACUAUUAUCAUUACCAGUUGAAAACUAAUCAAGUCAAAGUAAAUGGACUCAUUAGCACUAAACAGCUACAAACUAGAGUCGCUAAUUCUUUGCGCAGUUAAUGGAACCGUAUGAUUAAGGCUUUGGAAACUCUCAUGAGCAGCACAGUGAACCAAUUUGAAAAAAAAUGUACCUUUUCUGUUGUUUAGCUCGCUAAGAGAGACUCCAAAAAAAUGCAGCCCCUCCGUCGCUAAAGAAAGAUAACAGUGGAAUAGAAAUAAACAAGAAACAUUUAACAGAGAUCAAAAACUGGGCUGAUGGUCUUAAAAGAUAACAAUUCCCAAGUCAGUCUAGGAUCUUUUAAAAAAUAAUUAUUGCAAAACAGAUAAGAUGAAUAAGCAGCUUUUCAGAUUCAUGAAAUGGCAACCGAUAUCAAACUGAUGUUUACUCUUUAACUAGUAUUUACUUUGAUUUGUAACUCAAUGUUUGCCAAUCCCCAGAAACUGCCGUGGUUAUUGCCCGCAGCCAGCAUAUUGGCGGCAUGCGGUCAAUACGUGUGUUAUUUCAUCGACAACGCCGUACAGCUUGAGAUAGGAAAGCCCUGGUUAUCAAUCCUACUCAACAUCGUAAGAGUGCUUAGUUUACUUCACGUACUGUAUGGCUAUAUAUUGUUCCUUGUUAUCAUCCUGUUCACUAUGUAUGUCACUGGAGCCUCCAUGAAAGAAUUCAGAGGUAAGAGUGAAAAAAACGCUUUCCGAUAGCGCAUUAGAUCAUAUCCACAUGUAUUUUGCGCUAUAUAAGUAAUAAAUUAUUAUUAUUAUUAAAUUAUUGUAAGAUUCAGGUAUUUCUAGUACCUUCAACUUUCACUCAAAGGUGUGGGAAGGAUGUUUAUUACAAAAACUGCGGUAUUUAACAAGGAUUUCCAGCCCAAAUUUCCAGUUUUACAAGGGUUUCCAGCCCUGAGAAAAGUUGUUGACCACACACAUAUAAACUUACGAUAAUUUUUCACAUGCGUUUGGUUUCGCCAAUCAGCAGCUAACACGUCACUCGCAUUUCGCCCCACUCUGUCAGGUUGACAAAUUAAUGGAAAAGCGUUAAUUCCCCAUUUGUUAUAAUCUAUUUAAAACCCUGCGGGGGUGAGCUGCAUUUACAAAAACUUCAUUUGGGUGAGUUUCAGUUCAGAAUGUUAAUCCAUGGUCAAAAAAUCCCAAGUAAGAACAUUUCAUUAGAGAGUUUAUGAACAAUUAUGAGAGACGGUCACCACUAUGAGUUACAUCAUGGCUUAGGGAAAUAACAGAGAGGAGGAAAUUCGCUCGACUUAAGCCGGUUACACACGUAGCGAUUUUAUUCGCCGACGCGAAUCACCGAUAUCUGACAUGCCAUGCAAUUGCACCGGGAACAUCUGGUGAUUUUUGCCAAUCCCCGUGAUCGGCGUAAAAAAAACGCCAAGUGUGUCACUGACCUGAGGCAUUCGUGAGCAAGAGCAACGACAUUGUUAACACGUGAGCGAGGAAAUUCUUUCUGCUUUGAAGAAGGAAGAGAAUUAAAAAUAGUUAUGUUUGUUUUCAGAUGGUGUGGAGGGAGAGUUUCGUGAACCGAAUGUCAGACUGACCUUCCGUGAAGCAGUGCAGUUGUUUGAACAUCGGUCACAGUUUAUUAGAAGAUCAUCAGAUGCAUGUUUGGUAAGGGUGCAUUAUUCAAACAAAAUGGCAUUUGCAAACUCUUACAAACAGAGAUUUUUUUAUUGUUACUGAUCCACAGAAACUACCGUGGUUAUUUCUUACAGCCAGCAUAUUAGCGGCAUGUGGCACUGAAUUUAAUAGCGGAGCUCCCAGCGCGUUAAGUGCGCGCGCAGCAAAGCCCCAUCGUUAUUCGUGUUUCUGCAAGUGUAAAAUAUUCAGCAAACAAUCGAUAAAUGGUAUCGGUAAAUUCAAGAGCUCCGUUCGUCGAUGUCUUCUAUCGUGGUAAUCGGCUUUUUUUGUCAGACAUUUAAUCCGUUACUUAUUGUUUUCUGUUUUAUAGUUCAUGUUGUGUAAUCUCGUCUUGACCACCGUUCUGUCAUUUGUCAUCAACGGCUACAACUUUCUUUUCUUCAAUCGCCGAGCCAUCUACUUGUGGUUUGCACUAGUUCCCUCGAUCUGGAGUGUAGCACCGUUGAUCUUAGCAGCGUGGGCUACAGAGAAUUACCAGGCCUACGUGGCAUCUGUCGUGAGAUCCUGGGGUGAGCACCCAGAAUCGGACGAAAGCGAGUCUGAGGAGGAAGAUAUGGAAGAAUACCAAGAAGCUAUGAAGAAACUGAGAGUAAACCGCUCACGCAGCGUUUUGAUAGCCAGCACAAAUUUACUGAAGACGCUUAAGCGCAAGAGACUUAUUCUGCGCCGGGACAGACGAAUGUCACUUGCAGCCCAAAGGCGGGAAUCUCAAGUAAGCGAAUCCAGACCCUCUCUGACAAUCGAUGAUCAGUCGCCAAACGUUAAUUAUCGAAAUCUCCUUGAAGUUCAAAACCCGUUGCGAUUGAUCGAUAUGGAGACGGGAGGCGAGGAAGACACCUUUUCGGAGUCACGACUGUCUUCGACUUGCGUCGUGAAUUCGGGUUUCACGAUGAACUCAAUGAACGGUGGCAAUGUUCAGAACAAAUCAAGCAAGAAAAGCAAAUUUAAUUUCAAGUCGUAUGUUAUGUACUUACAAGGACUUAUCAAGGAGGUGGGUUUCUCUGUCGGAGGAAUGAUCCUUUCUUGGGAAAAGGUGUCCAGUAUCGGUAUUUUGUGGGUGUCAGUGUUGGCGAUCUUUAUCCAAGAAAUCGUGUUUGGAAACAGAAAGAGCACGCUGCUUACAUGA